ACCGCCAUCUUUAAUUUUUGCAGACAGGCAAGAUUUGAUUUUCAGGAGGCAAAACUUUUGUCCAACAUACGGGCUUCGUACAAUUGCAGUAUUUCCUAUAAUCUAUUUUCAAAUGAAUUUAGAGCUGUUGGAGACUUUUGGCCAGAACUUUCCAGAGGAAAGCGAUGGCACUCUGGAUUGCAUCAGCAUGGCGCUGACCUGCGCCUUCAACAAACGAGGCACGUUAUUGGCCGUGGGCUGCAAUGAUGGCCGUGUGGUCAUUUGGGACUUCCUGACCAGGGGCAUAGCUAAGAUCAUCAGUGCGCAUGUCCAUCCUGUCUGUUCUGUCAGCUGGAGUCGAAAUGGUCAUAAGCUGUUGAGCGCGUCCACAGACAACAUGAUCUCCAUCUGGGAUGUGCUAAGCGGCGAUUGUGACCAACGAUACCGGUUCCCUUCCCCAGUGCUCAAGGUUCAGUUUCACCCACGGAACGAGGCAAAGAUCCUGGUAUGUCCCAUGAAACAUGCACCCAUCAUCCUCAACAUUGACGGCAGUUACUCAGUCGUACCAACAGAUGAUGACUUUGAUCUGAAUAUUGUGGCGUCAUUUGACCGGAGAGGGAAGUAUAUCUACACAGGGAAUGCUAAAGGAAAGGUUCUUGUGGUGUCGACUGACAAUCUGAAAUUAGUGGCUUCCUUCAAAGUCACCACCGGUACAAGCAAUACAACAGCCAUCAAAUCCAUUGAGUUUGCAAGGCGGGGCAACUGUUUCCUAGUCAACACGGCUGACCGCAUCAUCCGUGUCUAUGAGAGUGGGGAGGUACUUGCCUGCGGCAAAGAUGGCGAACCUGAACCUAUACAGAAGCUGCAAGAUCUGGUCAACAGAACACCCUGGAAGAAAUGUUGCUUCUCUGGUGACGGGGAGUACAUCGUUGCUGGAUCGGCCAGGCAGCACGCCCUCUACAUCUGGGAGAAGAAAUACGGCAACCUAGUGAAAAUCCUCCACGGCACUCGAGGGGAGCUGUUGCUGGAUGUGGUCUGGCAUCCUGUGCGGCCAAUCAUAGCGUCCGUCUCAAGUGGUGUUGUGUCCGUCUGGGCCCAGAACCAAGUGGAAAACUGGAGUGCUUAUGCGCCCGACUUCAAGGAGCUGGAUGAGAACGUGGAAUAUGAUGAGCAAGAAAGCGAAUUUGACAUUGAAGAUGAGGACAAGUCUGUGGAAGAUCCAGUGGAUGUUGCUGUAGAAGAUGAAGAGGUUGAUGUUCUCAGCGUGGAACCAAUCGCCGCAUUUCUUAGCAGUGAUGAGGAGGCAGAGGAUGAGAGAGCCCUACUUUACCUGCCCAUCUCACCAGAAGUUGACGAACCGGAGGAACCAACUUGGGCACCAACCAUAGACCCCACUGAUGAACCUCCCCAGGCAGAGAGCCAGAAAAGAACAGCUCCCAAAGAUCCAGCCCUGCUGUCGCCCAAAAAGAAAAAAGUCAAAGUGGUCGACGUUGAACUUCAUGGGGAGGCCUCUGAUGAAAUCCACCCUCUUCUGUCAAACAAAAGUGACGGCAAGACGAAGCGGAGGGGUGCUCCUCCUGGAAAACAGAGGGGCGGUGUGGAUGGCAGACGAGGCAAAUCAAAACAUCGGAGACACCUGGAUGAUUAGACAUCAAUACUAACUGUACCUCCCAGGACAUUUUGUUGUAGCAAUUACAGUAAUUCUCCAAAACUCCCUGCCAUAUUGAACCCCAUUGGCAGCGAUGCCUGUAUACCACUGAAAUGCUGCCCUGAAGACAAAGCGCCCUCAAGAGGCCUUGCACAUAAUCAGUGGGGCGGCCAUCUUGAUUUCUCUACACAGAUUUCAGCAAGAUGCAGAUUGAGGAGUAAUUUCAUGUGACACAUGAAAAAAGGGAGAAAUCAGAUAAUGUUGUAAAAAGUUUGACAUUUAGGAGGAUUUCCAAAACUCUGAAAACUCACUUCCAUAAAAAUGAUCCUCUACUUACCGUACCAUGCUCAGAAUUUUGGUUGGCUGUCUCUUUUUUCUAUUCCCCUAAAAGAUUUGUUUGACUUAGAUGUACAUGUACAUAUAUCUUAUGUAAAUAUUUGUAAAAAAAACCUGUAAAAAAACAAACAGCUAGAAGAUACCGCUGAACAGAAUAAUAAGCCAGCACUGCAUAUGAUUUAGAAUGUUGGGAAUAAAAUAGGACACAACCAAGAAAUACCAAUCAUCACUUCUUGUCUUCUUCAGUACAUGGCAACAGAUUUGCUGAAUCCACAAUAAUACUCUACACAGCCAAUCAUGUGAGGAAAACCUACCGAUGUUUACUUUGACGGCAUUUUAGUUCCCUGAUUCAGGUUUGUUAUCAAGUCAGCUGCAAGCCACCAUAGUAAGCCUUUUGCGAGUUAAGUUAGAGUAAAAUCUAGUAUCUGAGUUAUCUGAUUGAACAUAAGCAUGAUUUGAAUUCCCCAGACUAAAGACACUGUUGCUAUGCCUCGUGAUUCAGGGCAAGCAUCUCGGGAAUGGACUGGUGCCUUUGUGCCCUUCUUAUCCAUUGACACCAGCAGUAUUGGUGCAAAGCGUCUCUUAUGUAACUAAACAAAAGCUGGCCCCAAAUGAUGAGGUAUAACAACUUUGUUGUUAGUAUGGCGAAUUCAAAUUAUGUUCAUGUGAAUUUAAAGAACCCAGUGUACCAGAUUUUAUUUUAAACUUAACUCACAAAAGGUCUUAUUGACUCGCAAGUCAUUCAGUCCUAAGUCAACUCACAGGCUCAUUGAAUGAACUGCAUUAAAGGCAUUCCUUUGUCAUCGCUCUUCUCUUCAGUUCAGACCAGGUUUGAGAAUUAAAUUGCGACUGACGCGCUUCCAGAUCUGCAGUUAUUCUUUACAUGUGCACUGUAUGGAAUCCAAGGCAAGGCACUGACAAGACCGACAAGGAAUGAAGAUCAAGGCUGGCCAUGAUCACUGUGCUUUGUAGAAGGGCUUGUGUGUGGCCAGGUUGAAAUCUUUACUGACACAAAAGUUUUUCAAUAGUACAUGACUUGUAACAUCUCACUUCCCCAAUUCCAGUGGGUAACUGUGCAGAGUACCGAACUGUGAUGUCUCUUGGAGCUUGAAGCAGUGGAAACCAGUGGAGUGUGCACUGGUUCUCUUAUGCCUUUCACACACAAUGGUGUGUGAUGUAUAACACUUUGAUGCUCUGUAGUUUGCAAUCAGUACAUGCAGUUAACUUGCGUGUACACCAUUCUCUUGAUAGUGAUUCAGGCAGCAUUAGAGUCAUCCAUGCUGUAAAUAAUUGCAAAUCUUUUAAAAAACCCUACUGAAGAAUGGCUAUUGUAAUUCCCUGAGCUCUUACCCUCUAUAGUAACUGUGUUGGUUUUAAUUGAGCGACCCGACGUGUGUGAUUGACCCCAUUGCUUCCAGUGGAUCCUUGCAAUAUCGGUAAUGAAUAAAAACAUAUGCAUGGCUUGAAUUUGUAA